AUGGAUUCGGAUGCAAAUUCAAAAGCAGGGACAACAGGAACAGUAAAUCAGAAGAAAUCAGAAAUAGAAGUCCCAAAUUUAACAGGCAGAGUCCAUUUGCUACCUUGCUGCAUCAAAUAUGAUGGCCCUUCUGCUGUUGCUCACUACUUCAAAGCCAAACCCACUGGGGUAGAAGUGGAAGGGAUGAAAGUUGAGGAAGCUUAUUUUAGAGGCAGGAAGUUACAGGGAGCCACAGUUCCUAUUCCAAAUGGGUAUUCUGGUUUUGUCAUAGGAAAGAAGAGUCUUGACAAGAGAAAAGCUUCCGACAUGUCUGAACAGAACUCUGAUGGUUGGAAGAUAAAUGCAAAAUUUGAGAAUGUAACUUAUUGGAAUCAUGACAGCCUGCCUUCAAAAGAUGAUGCUUUUGUGCGUUCCCUUCAUUGGUUUUCGGUGGCAGAAGCACUACACAAGCCAGUAACAGCUGAAGAUUUGGCUUCUGCAUCUAUUGCUCUGGAGAAAAGGUAUGAGGGAGGUCCGGACUGCCUAGUAGAGUGGCGGAUUGGAGGAGGUGAUGGUGAUGGGGAAUGUGGAGGAGAGGAAGAGGAAGGGGAAGUAGAAGAUGGGGGGAAGGGUGGGAGGAAUCCUCAUUAUGAAUCGAGGAGGAUAUGA